CACGGCCGUCAAACUUCACCGUUUAAGUUGAACCUUCCCUCCUUCUAUUCUAACCAGCUUGUGCUGUUAUGAUGCUCAUCCAUCGCUAUUAUUUAGCCAUUGCAGAAUUAAAUGUCCAAAUUUCGCAUGCAUCGGUUGGCGGCUAGAACAUUCGUGAACCUCUGAAUCGUUACGUAUUGCGAAGUUAGAUAGCAAAAUUGCCGGUUAAUAUAGAUUAGUUAGUUAGAUGAACGUACUUGUUUGAAUUUUUAAGUCGUAUUCAAAAUCUAAUUCUUUGACGUUUGGCAUAAGGAUGACUCCUCCAGCCUGGGCUUUUCAAACUGAGCAUUUUGAGCCACCUCCAGAUGAUGAACUAAUAUGCAGUGUUUGCCGUGGAGUAUUUUGUGAACCUGUACAAUGUCCUUGUCACCAUGUUUUUUGUCGAGCAUGCAUUACAAAAUGGCUUCAGACAAACCGUAACUGUCCUGUUUGUCGCAAACGUGCAACUAAUUAUUGCAUUGAAGAAGUUGUUCCUUUGAUUAGAAAUAUGAUUAUGAAACUGACCUUGCACUGCCGCAAUUCAGAGCAUGGCUGCAGAGAAAAAUUUGCACUUGAAGGCUGUGAAAAUCAUAUGAAAGAAUGCAUUUAUGAGAUGGUGCGAUGCAAAAAUAAGCCUUGUAGGCAUGAAUGUUUUCGCAAAGAUAUAGCUGAUCAUGAACUUAAUGGCUGUCUACAUCGUUAUGUUAGAUGUGAAACAUGCUGUAUGAAGAUAUCUUCUGUUUCACCUAACAGCCAUGACUGCAUCAGAGAUCUCAAGCUGCUACUUAAAA